AAAUGGCUGGCGUGUAGACGAGCUCGCUUUGUUGUAGCUAACGUUAGCUAGCUAGGAUAUUUCUGAACUAGCUAGUCUAGUUAACUGUUAACACAAUCCCCCCAAAAAUGAAUAUGAAAAUUGGAUAUACGCUACCAUUGUAUUUUUAUUUUUUCACCGCGUAACACUUUACACGGAAUGCGAGAUAAUUACAUAAAAAAACAGGUAAUCUGUUUUGUUAUCUAGCUUGCUAGACCUCACGUGAAUACGACAACCUUCGACCCAUUCAACUUUGAACUUUCACACGGGUCGACUACUUCCUGUUUAUUAACGGCGCGCAUGUUCUACGUUGAGCCGAGUGGACUGAAGACCAACUCACAUUGUGGUCCACGUAUUAAUCUGCAAACAUGGCUCGAAAUGCAGAGAAGGCCAUGACGGCCUUGGCGAGAUUCCGACAAGCCCAGCUGGAGGAGGGAAAAGUCAAGGAAAGGAGACCAUUUCUUGCAUCCGAGUGCAGCGAGUUGCCAAAAGCAGAGAAGUGGAGGCGACAGAUCAUCAGUGAGAUUUCCAAGAAGGUUGCUCAAAUUCAAAAUGCUGGUUUGGGUGAAUUUAAGAUCAGAGAUUUGAAUGAUGAAAUCAACAAGUUGCUUCGAGAAAAGGGACACUGGGAGGUUCGGAUCAAGGAGCUGGGUGGACCUGACUAUGGGAGGGUUGGACCAAAAAUGUUGGACCAUGAGGGGAAAGAGGUGCCAGGAAACCGAGGGUAUAAAUAUUUUGGCGCCGCAAAGGACCUGCCCGGAGUGAGAGAGCUAUUUGAGAAAGAGCCAAUCCCUCCUCCAAGAAAGAGCAGGGCUGAGCUCAUGAAGGACAUUGAUGCAGAGUACUACGGCUACAGAGACGAGGACGAUGGGGUCCUGGUACCUCUGGAGCAGGAAUAUGAGAAACACGUCAUAGUAGAGGCUGUUGAGAAAUGGAAAGCUGAGAAAGAGGCGCGGCUGGCUGGUGAAGGAGGGGGAGAGAAAGAAGAGGAGGAGGAGGAGGAAUACAUCUAUGCUGUCCAGGAUGAAGAGCAGUCUGACGAAGAGAUGAGAGACGCCGCGGAGGGAGGGGAAGGAGCCCAGACCUUCAUCGCCCAUGUGCCUGUGCCGUCACAGAAAGAGAUCGAAGAAGCCCUGGUCAGAAGGAAAAAGAUGGAGCUGUUGCAGAAAUAUGCCAGCGAGACUCUAAUGGCUCAGAGUGAAGAAGCCAAAACACUGCUGGGGCUGUAAGCAGGAGCGGGCGGCUGUAGAGGAGCAGGCGGCUGCUCGGGGUUUCAACAAGUUUUUUCUGAAAAGGCGUCCUCCAAAAGAAUGAAGUGGCAUACGUUUGCUUUUGCAACAAGCAAAACAAAAUGAGAUUCUGGCUUCUUUUGGUUCAAAGUCACGGUGUCCUUCCUCAUUGGCAUUCAUCGUCUCACGUUUGCCAAAGUGGUGAUAUGUCUGUACAUAGCCUUUUUUAAAUGUGUUAUUCUACUUUGUUCAGUAAACUAUUUUCUAAAAAAAAAGAAAGAAAAAAAAAAAAAUUAUUUGCUCAUUUGUUUUGUUAAAUGCCGAUGCUUGGUAUCAUUUCAUCACAUUUUACUGUAAAUAUACAAUUCUAUUAAUUUGGUAUUCAUUUCAUCUGGAUCAGGGGGUCUGUAAUCCUGGCCCUGGUGAGCCGCAGGCUGAUGCUGAUUUUUGUUGUUACUUUGUUGUUUGCUGUUACACUUAAUUACUUGAUUUGAGCACUCACUAAAGCUGGUCACUUAGGUCUGAUUUGGGUGCUGAUUUUAAAGUGAAAGCAAAAACCAGCAGAGCGUCUAGCUCUCCAGGACCAGGGCUGCAGACCCCCGGUCUAGAAGGUUAGACAUUGCCAGUGUGUCCCCAUUCUAAACAAAUGCUAUGAGCUAUGUCUUCAAUUGAAAUCUUGAAAUUAGAAAUGAUUGGGAGCAGCUUGGUCCAUGUGACCAGUCUAGUUGUGAGCAGAAUAAAAGAGAAACUAGUGUCACAUUUUCACCAUCUGCACUAAAUCUAAUCUUGUAAUUGAAA